UUAUUGUAGUAUAAAUUAAAUUGGGAGUCACCAACACUCCAAACCCUACCUAAUUUGGACACCCUCACAAAUGGAAACUCAUCAACUCUUUCAAAUUACCAAAACCAACUCUAGAUUUAAACGAAUUUGUGUUUUCUGUGGUAGCAGCCCCGGCAAGAACCCAUCCUAUCAACUCGCUGCUCUUCAACUAGCUCAACAACUCGUGGAAAGAAACAUUGACUUGGUUUAUGGAGGAGGGAGCAUCGGUCUCAUGGGUUUAGUCUCUCAAGCCGUGCAUGAUGGUGGUUGCCACGUAUUAGGUGUGAUUCCAAAAACGCUGAUGUUAAGAGAGCUGACCGGAGAAACGGUGGGAGAAGUGCGACCUGUAUCCGGCAUGCACCAACGUAAAGCUGAGAUGGCCAAACAAGCUGAUGCAUUUAUUGCCUUACCAGGUGGGUAUGGCACUCUAGAGGAGCUACUUGAAGUAAUCACUUGGGCUCAACUUGGAAUCCAUCAUAAACCCGUGGGGCUGUUGAACGUUGAUGGUUAUUACAACGCCCUUCUCUCUUUUAUAGACAAAGCAGUGGCUGAAGGUUUUAUAACACCAGCUGCUCGUAACAUUAUUGUUUCUGCCCAAACUGCCCAAGAACUCAUCUUCAAGCUUGAGGAUUACAAGCCCAAGCACUGCGGAGUUAAGGCUGGUGAUAUGGUGUGGGAGAUGGAGAAACAACAAAUGGGUUUUAAAUUUAAUAACUCAGAUAUUAAUUGCCCGUUGAGUUAGUUUCAUUGAUAUUAAAUAAUAAUAAUAAAAAAUAGAAAAGAAUUUUUAUGUCUGUUUUUUUGUGUCUUUGAGCUUGAUGCCAUCACAGUUUUGUUUGUUGUUGGCUGUGUUGAGAUCAUAUCAAGCGUUUUCAUUUGACUUGUAAAUUAAAUAUGUCUGCUUAGAUAUUUAAUAAAUAUAUGUGGUGGAACUGAUUCUUAUUAUUGAUGGGAAUCAGUUAUUCUUCUUCAA